AUGGGCACGCUGAACAAGCGCGCGGACUUCAGGAUCGACCGCAUGGUCGCCGCGAACGAGGCGCACGAGGCGUCCGUCGCGAUCGUCGCGGACCUGCGCAAGACGUCUCAGACGCUCAAGAGCCGCGACAGCCCCCCGAACGUCCUCUUCGCCGGCGAUGACGUCCGCGACGUCGUCGGCGCGCUCCGAAGCAACGCCGGGCAGACGGGGCGCACGGAGACGACGGACACGACCGCGUCGCCCGAGUUUACGAAUCGCGCCUUCGUCCUCGCGGUCCCGCGCGACUCCGCGGGGCCGCUCGCGAACAAGCUCCACGACGGCGGCAAGGACGGCGCGGACCUGAACGCGGAGCUCGGUAGCUCGGGGCCGCCCGCGCUGCACUGCCAGCUGUUCGCGGCGAGCUCGUCGUUGUCGUCCGCACGGAACGAGGACGUGCUGAUCGGGGAAGGAUUCGUCGACUUCUUCGGGACGACGGUGGAGGGGGGGCGCGCGGGGGACUCGAAGGAUGGAGGGAGGACGGUGCGAUGCCACGUCUUGGUCGCCAACGCGGAGGGGUUGAGCGACGAAAACGGGAGGGAUCCGUCCGCGUUCGUCGCCGCGAAGACGAUGCGCGAGGCGGCGGCGCGGCUGCCGAGCCGCGCGGCGACGCGCGCGGUGCCGCGGACGCGCGAUCCGACGUGGAACGAGAUCGUCACCGUGGAGGUGGCGGAGAACGAGCUCGACCGCGAAAAGGUGCUCCUCGCCGUCGUCAACCACGACACCAACAAGCUCAUGGGGAAAGUCUCCAUCCCCCUGAAGGGCGUCGCGGUGGGGAGGCACUACAACAUGAAGCUCACGCUGGGCGGCGGAGCCAGCCUGUGCGUCUCGGUGAUCAUUCCCGCGGCGCCCGCGCGCGAGCUCGCGCGCGUCCGCGGCGACUCGGACGCGUUGAAGCUGGAGGCGUCCAUCACCGGCGUGCACGCGUUCGACGAACGCGACGACGGAUACGCCGGCCCCGUCGUCGCGGUGUGGCGAAUGGCGAGGGACGGGAAAGCCGCGCUCGCGGCGGGGGAGACGGCGCACGCGCUGUGGACGACGGUCGACGGGGGAAGAGAGGACGCGAUCGUGAAGGCGAUGGCGCAGAUCACGUCGGAGGCGGGCACGGACGCGAGCCCGACGCUUCAGGGCGCGACGCUCUCCGGCCCGCCGCUGUGGCCGAGCGGCCACCGCGCGAGCUUUCUCACCUCCGCCAGUAUGGUGUCGCAGUCGCGCUCCCCCGCGCUCGUCCUCGAGCUCCACAACGACCGCGGCAUGAUCGGCCGCGCGGUGAUCCCGGCGUCGGACCUCGGACGCGGCGGGCGCCCGAGCUCGCUGAACGACGUCCCGCUGUACGCGCGCGGCGGCGACGAGGCUGGCCGCGUGAACAUCACCGCGAGGGCGUGGCCUCGCGACGCCGUCGUCGCGAGCCGCGAGAAGGAAAUCGCGGGGGGGUUCGCCGCGGGCGGCGGCGGGCUCGGCGUCGGCGGCGACGGCGCGUGGAUGCUGAGCGCGAUGGCGACGGACAUGAUGGACAAGCAGGCGGCGAUGGAGGACGCGAUGACGCGGCUCGACGCCGCGGAGAAGCGGUGCGAGUCGUUGAAGUGGCGCGUGCAGGACGCAGAGAGCGCGAGGAAGCGUCUGGAGGCGGACAACACGGAGCUGCGGCGGCUGCUGCACGAGGAGAAGAACGCGGACCCGGCGGCGGGGUUGGCGCUCAUGGGGGACAUGUGGGACGUCAACGACGUCAUGGCGGCGAAGGAGCGCGUCGGGCAGAUCGCGGCGCGGUACGCCGCGGAGAAGCGACGCAACACGGAGCUGAUUCACAGGCUCAAGGCGAUGCACGAGGCCACCGUGGGCGCGGAGCAUCUCAAGGCGCGUCACCAGGAGCUUCAAGAGGCGCACGCGUUUCUCUCCAAGAGCUCGAUGAAGUGGGAGCGAGAGGCGAAGAAGGUGAUGAAAUGCAAAGAGACGAUCGCGAUGCAGGAGGGUAUCAUCGCGCGUCUGGAGACGGUGCUGGAGCAGGCGGUCGUGGACCAGCGGCGGCUCGCGGAGGCGGAGCACGUCGCCGGUCGUCUGCAAGACGCGAACGAGCUCCUCAAAGGGGGCGCGGAUUGGGAAGAGCUCGACGCGUUGCGAGAGGAGAACACCGCGCUGCGACGCGCGGCGAAGGAGCGCGAAACGGACCAGCGCGACAUGCAGAGCGACCGCGUGGCGCUGACGCUGAGGCUGGAGAAGGCGGAGGCGGCGGCGAUCGCGAGCAACAACGAGAUGCUCGAGGUGUCGCGUCGAUGCGCGCGGGAGAUCGCGGCGCUGCGGAGCAAGCUCGCGGAGAAGGACGCGCAGCUCAUGGGCGGGUUCGGGUCCGUCGCGAACUUGGUACUCGAGGAGCUCCCGCCGUCGAAGCGGCUGACCGCGAUGGAGCCGCCGGUGAACGAGCGGCAGGUGGGUCGAGGCGGCGGGUUGCUCGAGGGCGGCCGCGACGAGCAACGCGAGCGCGAGCGUCGACGCGGCGGAGAGAGUUACGGUUACGAAGACGACGGCGCCGAGUGGCGGCCGGAGUACGAGGACCGCCAGGCCCAGGGCGUGGAUCACAUGGUGCAGCGGGAGCUCGACGAGGCGCGCGCGCUCGGGAUGGUGGAGGAGAACCCGAAUCAGAAUGGCAGGAGGCGCGGCGGCGGCGCGCACGAGCCGAGUCCGCCGCCCGGGGAUCGGCCGUCGGACGGCGGCGGCGGCCCGCGAGGGUCGAGGAUGGACGGGGGGCCGCGCGGCGACGACAGGCUGGACGGCGGCGGCGGCGGCGGCGAAGAGGGAGACGGAGAUGAGUAUCCCUCCAUUAUGAUGCGCGGCGACGGCGACGAUGACUUCGCGGGGGAGGCGACGCGGCACUCGAGAGGGAGCGUAGCGUCCCCGACGCGAUCGGUCGUCAGAUCGCCGACGACGAAGUCGCCGACGAUGAAGUCGCCGACGAUGAAGUCGCCGACGCAGACGAUGAAGUCGCCGCAGAAGCCGCCGUCGACGAACAAGAAGAAGUCCAUGUUCGGUCGCCGGUCGUGA